UCUCUCGAAAUCUCCUUCCCUUCCCCUCCCGCUCUCAGUUCGCGUUGGUCUCUCUAGGGUUUGCCUCGUCGCCAUUUCUAAACUUAAUAUUUGUUCCAAAUCUCUCUCUCUCUCUCUCACAUACUGUCGGGGCAUCCUUUGAGCUGUAGUUUGCUCAUCCAUGGCGGCUCCCGCUGUAUCUCAGCCCCGAUCCUCAAAAACCGAGUCCUACGUUGAUAAUAAGCGUAAGGAGGAUAUUCGCCAGGCCAAUAUCGUGGCAGCCCGAGCCAUCGCUGAUGCUGUUCGUACUAGUCUUGGGCCCAAAGGCAUGGACAAGAUGAUCUCCACGGCUUCUGGCGAGGUAAUCAUUACUAAUGACGGGGCAACCAUUCUCAAUAAGAUGGAGGUUCUCCAACCUGCCGCUAAAAUGCUCGUCGAGCUCUCGAAGUCGCAGGACUCUGCUGCUGGAGAUGGUACGACUACCGUGGUCGUCAUUGCAGGUUCACUUCUUAAACAGUGCCUUUCUCUCUUGUCCCAUGGGAUUCACCCAACUGUAAUCUCCGAUUCCCUCCACAAGACCGCCAUUAAGGCCGUCGACGUGUUGACAGCAAUGGCUGUCCCGGUUGAAUUAUCGGAUAGAGAGUCGUUGAUUAAAUCGGCGAGUACUUCGCUCAAUAGUAAGGUUGUCAGUCAGUACUCGACACUGCUCGCGCCGCUUGCGGUUGAUUCUGUGCUGUCGGUUGUUGACCCUGCUAAGCCAGAUUUGGUAGAUUUGAGGGAUAUUAAGAUUGUGAAGAAGCUGGGCGGGACCGUGGAUGACACUGAGCUUGUGAGGGGUUUGGUGUUUGACAAGAAAGUAAGUCAUGCGGCCGGCGGACCGACCAGAAUGGAGAACGCGAAGAUUGCAGUAAUUCAAUUCCAGAUUUCACCACCUAAGACUGACAUUGAGCAGAGUAUUGUGGUUUCGGAUUAUACCCAGAUGGAUAGGAUAUUGAAAGAGGAGAGAAAUUACAUUUUGGGUAUGAUUAAGAAGAUUAAGUCGACUGGGUGCAACGUAUUGUUGAUUCAGAAGAGUAUUUUGAGAGAUGCAGUGACAGAUUUGUCAUUGCAUUACCUCGCAAAAGCCAAGAUUUUGGUGAUUAAGGAUGUCGAGCGCGAUGACAUUGAAUUCAUUACCAAGACUCUCAAUUGUUUGCCAAUUGCGAAUAUUGAACAUUUCCGCUCCGAGAAGUUGGGGUAUGCAGAUCUUGUUGAGGAGGCUUCAAUGGGAGAUGGGAAGAUUGUUAGGAUUACGGGCAUCAAGGAUAUGGGGCGGACAGCUACUGUACUUGUUCGGGGGUCAAACCAACUAGUGAUUGAUGAGGCUGAGCGGAGCUUGCAUGAUGCCCUGUGUGUUGUUAGGUGUUUGGUAAAUAAAAGGUUCUUGAUUGCAGGUGGUGGUGCACCAGAAAUUGAGCUGUCCAGGCAGCUGGGUGCCUGGGCAAAAGUGUUGCAUGGAAUGGAGGGUUAUUGUGUUCGUUCCUUUGCUGAGGCUCUUGAAGUUAUUCCAUAUACUUUGGCUGAAAAUGCUGGGUUGAACCCAAUCACAAUUGUUACAGAACUGAGGAAUCGUCAUGCACAAGGUGAGAUCAAUACUGGGAUUAAUGUAAGGAAGGGGCAGAUCACAAACAUCUUGGAGGAGAAUGUGGUUCAGCCGCUGCUUGUAAGUACAAGUGCAAUCACUCUAGCGACGGAAUGUGUUCGAAUGAUUUUGAAAAUUGAUGACAUUGUCACAGUGAGGUAGAGUGUGGGCUUUAAUUGAAAGAUACAUGCUGGUUUUGUUGUUUUUCAUUUCCCUUUGCAAGUAGCCAAGUAGAAACUAGUUCUGUUUUGGUAUGGCUAAAAAAUUUUUACUGUGCUUUUUUCUCCUAUUUUCCUAUAGUUCAUUGGCUUGCCUUUUGUUCUUUAGGAGAUUUUAUGGAUCCUUAUGUUGGUGAGUACAUUUAAUAUUAUAUUUUCUACUUUUGGAAAUUUACGUGUAUUCAUCAAACUUCAUCAAUUAUUCGAGAUGUUCUGUGAUA